ACACCUUUAUCUCUACACAAAAAACUACUCUUUUUAACUUUUGGUUUCUUCUCUUUUCUUGUUUCUUGUCCUCCUCUGUACACUAUAAUUUCUCUCUUUGAGUUGAUGAGUGAAAGAGGGGGCUCUCGUUCUCUUGGAGGAGAGAGCCUGUGAUUUUUUUUAAUGGCCUUGUGUUUGCAGAGGGGAGGUGGAGGAGAAAGUGGAAGCAAAAACGAUAUGGAUAAUGGUAAGUAUGUGAGGUAUACACCAGAACAAGUUGAAGCUUUGGAGAGAGUUUAUGCUGAAUGUCCAAAACCUACUUCUUUGAGAAGACAACAGCUUAUUAGGGAGUGUCCUAUUCUCUCUAAUAUUGAACCUAAACAGAUCAAAGUUUGGUUUCAGAAUCGAAGAUGUCGUGAAAAACAAAGGAAGGAAGCUUCUCGUCUCCAGACUGUUAACAGGAAGCUGAGUGCUAUGAACAAGCUGCUGAUGGAAGAAAAUGACCGAUUACAGAAGCAAGUGUCUCAACUUGUGUAUGAGAAUGGCUACAUGAAACAGCAAAUCAAUACUGUUAGCAGCACGACCACAGAUACAAGCUGUGAAUCUGUGGUCGUGAGUGGUCAGCAGCAAAGAAAAAACCCAACACCUCAGCAUCCAGAAAGGGAUGCGAAUAACCCAGCUGGUCUUCUUGCAAUAGCUGAGGAGACCCUGGCAGAGUUCCUUGGAAAGGCUACUGGAACUGCUGUCGACUGGGUGCAGAUGAUUGGGAUGAAGCCUGGUCCGGAUUCUAUUGGUAUUGUUGCUGUUUCCCGCAACUGCAGUGGGGUAGCAGCACGUGCCUGCGGCCUUGUGAGUCUAGAGCCCACGAAGGUUGCGGAGAUACUCAAAGAUCGUCCUUCUUGGUAUCGCGACUGCCGUUGCCUUAAUGUACUGAGUGUAAUCCCUACUGGCAAUGGUGGGACAAUAGAGCUUAUUUACUUGCAGACUUAUGCUCCAACUACAUUGGCAACUGCUCGUGACUUUUGGACAUUGAGAUACACUACAAGUUUGGAGGAUGGCAGUCUUGUGAUAUGUGAACGAUCUCUGACAACAGCAACUGGUGGCCCAACAGGGCCUCCUGCUACAAGUUUUGUCAGGGCUGAAAUGCUACCAAGUGGUUACCUCAUAAGGCCUUGUGAGGGUGGGGGCUCAAUGAUUCACAUUGUUGAUCAUAUUGAUCUAGAUGCUUGGAGUGUCCCUGAAGUUCUGAGACCACUUUAUGAGUCUUCCAAGAUCCUUGCUCAGAAGAUGACUAUGGCUGCCUUGCGACACAUACGACAAAUUGCACAAGAAACCAGCGGAGAGAUCCAAUACACGGGGGGUCGCCAACCUGCUGUUUUGAGGGCACUAAGUCAGAGAUUAUGCAGGGGAUUUAAUGAUGCUGUUAGUGGAUUUGUUGAUGAUGGUUGGACUAUUAUGGAUAGUGAUGGUGUAGAGGAUGUAACAAUUGCUAUAAACUCAUCUUCAAGUAAAUUCCUUGGUUCACAGUACAACACCUUGUCAAUACUCCCUACAUUUGGAGGUGUUUUGUGUGCCAGGGCAUCAAUGCUUCUUCAGAAUGUUCCCCCUGCUUUACUUGUACGUUUCCUUAGGGAGCACCGUUCCGAAUGGGCAGAUUAUGGGGUUGAUGCUUAUUCUUCUGCAUCUCUUAAAGCCAGUCCAUAUGCUGUCCCUUGUGCCAGACCAGGUGGUUUCCCAAGUAGCCAGGUCAUUUUACCCUUAGCUCAGACUGUGGAGCACGAGGAGUUUCUUGAGGUAGUACGUCUAGAGGGUCCUGCUUUCUCACCAGAGGACAUUGCUUUAUCACGGGAUAUGUACUUGUUACAGUUAUGCAGUGGAGUUGAUGAGAAUGCUGCAGGUGCAUGUGCUCAGCUUGUUUUUGCACCUAUUGAUGAAUCUUUUGGUGAUGAUGCUCCAUUGAUUCCAUCUGGCUUCCGUGUCAUUCCACUGGAACCUAAAUCAGAUGUCCCUGCAGCAACUCGGACCUUGGAUUUAGCUUCGACUCUAGAAGCUGGAACUGGUGGGAGUGGGACACGUCCUGCUGGUGAAAUUGAAGCAGGCAAUUACAACCAUCGUUCAGUUUUGACAAUUGCAUUCCAGUUUACUUUUGAGAGUCACUACCAGGAUAAUGUAGCUGCAAUGGCUCGCCAAUAUGUACGAAGUAUUGUAGGCUCUGUUCAGAGAGUUGCAAUGGCCAUAGCACCUUCUCGACUCAGCUCUCAGUUAACACCUAAAUCCUUCCCCGGGUCACCUGAAGCUGUCACUUUGGCAAGGUGGAUUUCCCGGAGCUAUAGGGUGCAUACAGGAGGAGACCUGUUCCAGGUUGAUUCUCAAGCUGGUGAUGCUGUUCUGAAACAACUGUGGCACCAUAGUGAUGCAAUAAUGUGUUGCUCUGUAAAAAUGAAUGCAUCUGCAGUUUUUACAUUUGCAAACCAGGCUGGUCUUGACAUGCUUGAAACCACUUUGUUAGCUCUUCAGGAUAUAAUGCUUGAUAAGAUUCUAGAUGAAGCUGGUCGUAAGGUCCUCCUAUCGGAGUUCUCCAAGAUCAUGCAGCAGGGAUUUGCCUAUCUGCCAGCAGGAAUAUGUGUAUCUAGCAUGGGUAGGCCAAUAUCAUAUGAGCAAGCCAUAGCAUGGAAGGUUCUCAACGACGAUGAUUCCAAUCACUGUCUAGCUUUCAUGUUCAUAAACUGGUCUUUUGUUUAAGUUGUAAAACAGAUAAUCUAUAUAAGACUUUGGCAUUAUCAACCUUCUAAAUUAUGUCGGCACUCUGAAUGUUUUUAAUUUAAAGCUUGUAUGACAAUGUUGGCAAGGCUGUGUGGUUGGAUCCCAACUCUAUAUCUAUUGUAGUAGGAAAUGCCCUUUCUGUUA